CGCCACUUCUCCUUCUCUUUCCUCGCAACCACUUCUUCUUAUCCAGCUACUUCUUUUUCUUUCGACUUCAACCUACUACUUCACUACUACUACUUCUACUAUUACAUUCAUAUAUCGGAAAACAAGCAAAAACAAGGUCAUGCGUUUCUCCCCGUUAUUGCUCUUCGCCCAGGCGGCGGCUUUGAGCAGUGCCUUCCUUGUACCUCCGGAGAUAAGCGAUGCGGACCUCAAAGACCUCAACCUACUGAACCCCGCGGGGGUUGGCUCGGAGCUUCCGCGGAUCGUUCGCGUUUCCUGUGAUGGAUGCAAGUACAAGGAGGAGGAUGUCAAGUCAGAUCUUGUCUUUGACUUCACCCUUCCCGACCAUGAGCACCACGCUAUGAAACUCAACGGCAUCCCGAUCUUCCCCAUAGAGAGCAUCGACCCGGCGCUGCCUCUCACAGCAGUGCAGAUACCGCAGGAGGUGGAUACCAUCGUGUACGUGGUUGAUCGCGAAGAGUUCCCGGUUGUGAAACUCGACAACUCGCGCCUGAUCACCACGGACGAGAUCACGGAGGACGGGAGCAAGAUCUACACGCUUGAGCUCAACGUUCUGGCUGUCGCCGGUGCUCCGGUUAUCAUGCAGGGCAUCGAGAUGAAGGUCAACAUGUCGCCCGACGGAGCGCUUAGCUUUGGAUCAAUCCGUGCCAUCCCUAAGGGAGAGGGCUGCGGACGGAACUUCAAGUGUCUGGCGAACAAAAUGAUGUCGAAGCUGCGCAACAUGAAGACUCCCUUCACCAAGACCAAGGGCGGCAAGGUCAGCAACUUCGGCUGCGGCGGUAAUCCUAUUGAGGGUCUCGACAUGCCUCACCCACCUCCCCACGGCCGUCCCCACGAUAAGCCCCACCACGGUGGACACCGUCGCCCUCACGGUCAUCACGGCCACCACCGCCGUCCCCAUCACCGCAGCAUCAUCAACCGCAUCCUGACCCAGGUCCUUCUUCCGAUCCUAGUUGGCAUCGUUGUGGGUCUGACCGUCUCUCUCGUCGGUCUGCUCGUCGGACACGUCUUGGUGAGCAUGUACCGCAAGGUCAAGGGCGCCAAGGGUGAACGCCGCAGCCGUGGCUUCUUCUGUCGCUACCGCUCUGAGCGCGAGCAUCUGGUUGAGUCGGAGGCCGAUGGCGAGGUCGAGAAGGGACUGCUGAAAGAGGAGGAGGCCAUCGAGUGCCCACCCGCGUAUAUUGAGGAGGGUAUCGAGGUCGCCGAGAAGGAAUAGUUUAAAAACUCUCGUAGCAUAGUCAUUUUUCUUUUGGUUUCGCAUUCCAAUUCGUUCCGCCAAGUUUUGUUGGUGCAUUUUGGGGGGGUGCGGUUGGCUGAGGUUCUUUUGUUCUUUGUGCGGCAGAGUCGGAGAGGAGAUGUUAUUCUGUUGUCUGGUUCGCCUGUUGCCAAUGACCUCUGGUAGCCUCAGUGGUUACGUCAGGGUUGGGUUCAAAUUCAUUAUGGAUUUUUGCUUUUAUCUGAGUAAAAUCGUGAUAUAUCCAUGACGCUAUGCUACUUGUGGAUAUCCCACCUCCCCGCAAUGAAUGAACUGCUGUACUCGGA